CUUGCGUGCCUCCAUUUAGCCAAUCAGUCACCGAUGCGAUGGCUCAGAGCGCGGUAGUAAUCAUUAUAGGAGACGAAAUUCUCAAAGGUCUCACGAAAGACAAGAACUCCGUCUUUCUUUGCCGAGAACUGAGGAAAAUGGGCUACGCAGUGAAGAAGAUUUCUGUAAUCCAAGACGACGUCAACGUUAUUGCAAAAGAAGUGAGACAAGCGGCAACAUCUCACUCUCUGGUGAUCACAACGGGAGGGCUGGGUCCGACUCACGACGAUGUCACCAUAGAAGGAAUUGCAAAGGCGUUUAGCGAGGAGAUAGUAAUAAAUAGUGACAUGGAAACAAUUUUGAAAAAACACUACAAAACGGAACUUCUCGUAGGAGCACAAACAAAAAUGGCAAAGCUACCAAAAUCAGCUACAGUUAAAUGUCAUAAAGACAAGACUUUUCCCAUGGUGAAAGUUCACAACGUUUAUAUCUACCCCGGCGUGCCAAAAUUCUUAAAGGAAGGAUUUUUACUUGCACAGGAAACAGGGUUUCUGCCAAGAUGUGAUCAUAAGUUUUAUUUAUGUGAAGUCAUCCUAUCUGCUGAUGAGAUCGAUCUAGCUCCGACACUUACCAACUUGCAGGAGCAAUUUAGAGUUCGUGACUUGUCAGUGGGUUCGUAUCCUUUGGACGACGAGUUGGCUUUGCAUGAUCAAGUGAAGGUAACGUUAGAGUCAAUGGAUGAGAUGGCAGUGCAAGAAGCCUGCCGGAUAUUAAAAGAUGAACUAGGAGACUAUCUUGUGGAAAUCGCAUCUGAUGAUGACUCUGAUGCCUCCCAUGUGGCUACACACAUGCCAUUGGGUCACAUCAAGAGUUGCUCUGGUUGUCAAGCUAUCGUCGACCGGCUGUACAGUGAGAGUGAGGUAGACAGCCAAAGAGGUCGCUGUAUUAAGCAAGCCAUUGAAGUUCUGGAUUCAGCAUUUGCUCAGUAUGAACCCGAUCAAAUGUGCUUGAGCUUUAAUGGUGGCAAGGACUGCACUGUUCUGCUUCAUCUCUACUGGGCUGCACUUCACAACAGACGUUGGAAAUUCAAGCAAGCUCCUGUACUACUAUACAUCGCUGAUGGAGAACCGUUUUCUGAAAUAGAAGAGUUUAUCAGCGUGACUGUCAAACGGUAUGGUUCUCAUCUUAUAACAAAAGAAACGGUCUCAGUCAAGUCAGGCCUCGUCGACCUACUCAAGUCCCAUCCAAAGAUCAAGGCCAUCGUGAUGGGCACCAGACGUGGUGAUCCAGGGGCAGAUACUCUAAGUCAUUUUCUAAUGACGGACUGUGACUGGCCCCAAUACAUGCGGAUAUUCCCUAUUCUAGAGUGGCGCUACAGUGAUAUCUGGUCACUCCUCAGACACCUCAAUAUUCCAUACUGUUGUCUGUACGAUCAAGGCUAUACGUCGAUUGGCAGUACUAACAACACACUACCGAAUCCUGCCCUUCAAGGUGAUUCACCAGGUGAAUAUCUUCCGGCAUAUAACCUAAUGGAUGACAGUCUGGAAAGAGCAGGCAGGGUUAAGUCAAACACUUAAUCCCUCCCGAUGAUUUGAAAGUUAUUGCUACCGAAGAGAAUUUUUUAGUUUUGAAUUACCAAAUUCCGUGUAUAAUAGGUUGCUCGUUUGUAUAUUUAUGACGACAUGCGCUCGCACAAUAAAGUGUUUUCCGUUAGCAUUGCCAAU